CGGCCCCGGCCUCCAACGGCCCGCAGCGCCGGCCCCGCCCCGUGCCCCGCCUCGCCUCGCCCCGCCGCGCGCCCCGCCCCGCCUCGCUUCGCCCCGCCCCGCGCCGCGCGCCCCGCCCCGUCUCGCCUCACGUCCUCCAGGCGCGCGGGGCCGGAUGGAGGCGGCGGGGCCUGGCCCGGAGCUCUCGGCGGCCUGGCACGCGCUGAGCACCGGCCUGGUGCCGCCCGCCGCCCUGGGGCUGGCAGCACCCAGAUCCGGUUCAGUGGGGCUGCUGAAAGACAGUGAUUUGCGGGCUGCUGUGGAAGUGCUGCAACGCUAUGACUUGCACUCUGUCCUAGAAGAAUGGUUCACUGAAGUUUUACAGACAGACCUUCAGGCAAAUAUAGCUCCUGAGUUCUGGAAUUGUAUUGGCCAGUAUGAAAACACAGCCGAAGAACCACAGUGCUCCUUGCUUCUCCUGGAUGCGUUUUGUCUGCUCAAGUGCCGCCUAGACCCUUAUCUAAACAGCUUGGACCUUCUGGAAAAAUGGACCAAAAUGGGCUUGCUCCUUGGAACAGGCUCCCAGAUGCUGCGAGAGAAAGUCUACACCAUGUUCAAAGCCAUCCUCUUCUUCACCACCACAAAGACUUUCCAGGAGAUGAUCCAGCAGUUCUACAGCCGCACUUUCAAGAUUUACAUGUGGCAGUGGAAGAAGGGUGAAGACAGAAUGAACGAGUGCGAGAGCAGCAUGAGUGAAAAUGAACAAGAGAGUGACAUGGAGGAUGGAGGAGGAGACGGCCUGCAAUGCAUGGGCUGCAGCAGUAAGAAAGAGCAGUGCUGGUGUCCCACAGCCAUGGAGCAGUUUCAGCAGCUCAAUGAAAUCCUUCACAGGCUGAACUUGCUGGAGAGAGUGAGUGCUAACGCUGUCACCACCAUCCUGCACAAGAUGAUAGAGGAGAGGAUGGAGCGCAGAUGCAGGGGAGAAUAUGAGCGCUCUUUCCUGAAUGAGUUCCAGGAGUGGAUCGAGAAGGUGAUUGGCUGGCUCAGCAGAGUGUUCCUGCAGGACAGCCCCAUGGCCCACUCCACCCCAGAGGCCAGCAGCACCCUGAAGCGCUGGAGGUGCCAUGUCCAGAGGUUCUUCUACCGCAUCUAUGCCAGCAUGCGCAUUGAGGAGCUCUUCAGCAUCAUCCGUGAUUUUCCAGAGUCAAAGCCAGCUGUGGAGGAUCUCAAGUUCUGCCUGGAAAGGACCAAUCAGAGGCAGCAGCUGCUCAGCUCCCUGAAAAGUGCUCUGGAAAUGCGGCUUCUUCAUCCCGGAGUCAACACAUCGGACAUCAUUACUCUCUACAUCUCGGCCAUCAAGGCCUUGCGAGAACUGGACCCCUCCAUGGUUAUCCUGGAGGUAGCCUGUGAGCCCAUCAGGAAGUACCUGAGGACCAGGGAGGACACAGUGCGGCAAAUUGUGGCAGGUCUAACGGGCGAUGCCGAAGGGUCUGGUGACUUAGCCAAUGAGCUUUCGAAAGCUGACCCAGUGACGCUGGAAAAUGGCCAGGAGAGUGACGAUGACAUCUCUGAGCCAGAGGACUGGCUGCCUGACCCAGUUGAUGCUGACCCAGGGAAGUUGAGUUCCAAGCGCCGCUCCUCGGACAUCAUCAGCCUGCUGGUGAGCAUCUAUGGGAGCAAGGAUCUGUUCAUCAAUGAGUACCGCACGCUGUUGGCUGACCGUCUGCUCCACCAGUUCAACUACAGCGCUGAAAGGGAAAUCCGCAACGUGGAGCUGCUGAAGCUGCGAUUUGGCGAAGCCCAGAUGCACUAUUGUGAGGUCAUGUUAAAAGAUAUGGCUGACUCGCGGCGCAUUAACACCAACAUCCGUGAUGAGGAAGAGAAACUCCCAGAAGAGGAGAGGCCCCCAUUUAGCCUCGUUGCUGUCAUCCUGUCUAGCGAGUUCUGGCCGCCACUGAAAGAGGAGAAGCUGGAGCUCCCCGAGCAAAUUAAGGAGGCCAUGGAAGCCUAUUCCAAGAAGUAUGAGAAGUUAAAGGCCAUGAGGACUCUCAAUUGGAAGCAUCACCUGGGCCUGGUGAACCUGGAUGUGGAGCUGGCGGAUCGCACUGUCUCCCUCUCCGUGUCUCCUGUGCAUGCAGCCAUCAUCCUGCACUUCCAGAGCAAGAGUACGUGGACGCUGGCGGAGCUGAGUGAACUGCUGAAGGUUCCCGUGACAUCGCUGAGGCGUAAGAUGACCCUGUGGCUGCAGCAGGGCGUCCUACGGGAGGAUCCCCAGGGCACGUUCACAGUGAUCGAGGAGGAGCAGAAGGAUCAGGUGGAGAAGGUGGUUCUGAUAGACAGUGAUGAAGAAGGUGACUCUGCCAUGGCAUCACAGGCUGACCAGAAAGAGGAGGAGCUGCAGCUUUUCUGGACGUAUAUUCAGGCGAUGCUGACCAACCUGGAGAGCUUGUCCUUGGAGCGGAUUCACAGCAUGCUGAAGAUGUUUGUGAUGACGGGUCCUGUGGUGACAGAGAUUGACAUCCAGGAGCUGCAAGGCUUCCUCCAGAAGAAAGUCCGGGACCAGCAACUGAUCUACUCUGGCGGUGUCUAUCGCCUGCCUAAGAACUGCAGCUAGAAUGCGAGCCUCCCCACCAAUCCCUGGGCACUGUGCUCCCGUGCAGUCGUUUUGCCUGCAUUCAGUACCUCCGUUAUACUUGCUUCAGGUGACAUCCAGGUGCCCCUGUUAAGCAAGGGCUCUGCCCCUCUGCUGGGUUGCUGUGGUUUCUGGGAUGCUUUUUCUCCCCAUUGGCUGCCCUUUGUGUGGUGGUAGCAGCUCAGUAGUACUCUGGACUGAAGCACAGUGCACCUGGAGAGCUCCUCUGAGCUGGGCCAAGCAGAGGAGCUGGUGCCAGCAAGCCCAUUUUGUCCUGUGUGUUGGUGUCUAGGGCCCAUUUCCCUGGUUAAUAAAAAUGCUAGCCGUGUUUCUCUUA